AAGUAGAAUACAGCUGGAGAGUCUCAGGCAAACCAUAGAAACAACCCAUAAAACAAUACAUAAAACUUUUUUUUAUUUGAAAAUUGCUAUUUUAAAUCCAUUAGUGUGGUUGUGUGUUGAUGUGAUUGGAAAGAGGAGAGGAUAACAAUUACACUUCUGCAACUAAAAUGUACAUUUUGAAACUUGAAAGAGGAACUUUAACUUCUGUUAAAGAGACCAUUUACAUUCGCUAGAAGUCAUACUUACAUUUUCAUGCAUCGAAAGGACUGCUCUGGUUGUAUUCAAUAAAACACCAGGAAAGGAUGUUGAUUGUAGUUCUGAUGUCUUAUGUUUACUCAUCAUAUGGUCUUAUUUGGUCUUGGAGGACCCUACCAUGUGAUAUUACAUUAUCCAACACCUCCAUUUCCCUAGACUGCUCAUGCAGAAAACUAUGCACAGUUCCUAAAAUCUCCAUUUGGAAUGCCACUCAACUUAACUUAGCUAAAAAUCAAAUUAAAAAAGUUUCAAGCGACUCUUUUUCAAAGCUACAAAAUCUAACUCUGUUAAAUCUCAAAGGGAAUCGGCUGCAGAAUGAGCCUCAUACAGACAAACUCCUUUUUUCUGAUUUAGCUAGACUCAAAAUAUUGUUACUUGAUGAUAAUCACCUCUCCGCCGUUCCAAGAGAUGUUCCAGCUGGACUGCAGGCUCUAAGUCUAAGUGGCAAUCACAUCGAGACCAUUGGACCUUCAGACUUUGCAAGAAUAAAAAACAUAAAAGACAUUAGAUUAAGCAAGAACUGCUAUCAAAAAAUUGGUAGUAUACAGUGCUUAAUUAUUCAGAACAAAACAUUUUCUGACUUACAUCAGCUGACUUACCUUUUUUUAGCACAAAACAGGCUGCAAAUGUUACCACCAGAUUUGCCUGGAUCUCUCCAAAAGCUCCAUUUACGACAGAACACAAUUGAGAAUAUUAAAGCAUCUGACCUUGAAAAUUUAACAAAACUCAUAGUUCUGGAUUUAUCUGGAAAUUGUCCUCUUUGUUACAAUGCUCCUUUCCCAUGCAGCCCCUGUAAAACAAAAAAUAAUGCCUUGCAGAUCGAUCCAGAAGCUUUUAGUCAACUUUCCCAACUUCAGGAGUUACGAUUAUCAGGAAAUUCGUUACAAACACUCAAUCCAUCAUGGUUUAAGAAUCUUACAGCAUUAAAGUACUUGUAUCUUUCUUUCAACUUUCUCAUUAGUGAAAUUGAAACUGGACAGUUCUUUUCUAGUUUGCCCUACGUGGAGGUCAUUGACCUGUCAUACAAUAACCCACCACAAAAAUUAUCCAGAAGACUGAAACUCUCGAAAGGUUUUUCAGAACUGAAGUCAUUGAAAAGCCUACAUCUUGAGGGCUAUGUGUUCUCAGUUCUUUGUGAAAGUGACCUGAAACCUCUCUUUAGUUUAAAAAACCUCUCAGUCCUAAAUCUGGGGGUCAAUUUUCUCCAGCAGAUCAAUCUGUCCCUUUUUGAAAACUUUUACAAUUUAUCUGUCAUUUCUUUGAUGGAGAACACACUUACAUUGACUGGGAUGAAAACAAACCAGUUUGAGAGGUUAUGCACAAGUUAUGUGGAUUCUGAGGAUAAGGAAGAACAUAGUGUCCAAAGUCCUUAUAUCCAUAGAGAUGAAGAGUUUCGUCGCUACCCUCCCUUUUUAAAACCUGAGUGCCUGGCAACAGGACCUGUGCUAGACCUCAGCAGAAACAACAUGUACUACAUCAAUCCAGAGUAUCUACAAGCUGUGGAGAGUAUUACAUGUCUUAAUCUUUCUUACAAUGACAUUAGCUCAUUUUUCAAUGGCACUGAGUUUAUUCAGUUUCCAAAGCUAAAAUACUUGGACUUGUCACAUAACCGAAUCUACCUUCGUUUAGAAUCUGCCUUUAAUGAAUUGAAAGAAUUGGAAGUUUUGGACCUAAGUCACAAUAAACAUUACUUUGAAGUAGCAGGAGUGAGACACACGUUAGCAUUUCUUGAACACCUUGAGAACCUAAAAGUUCUUAAUCUCAGUUGGAAUGAGAUAAAUACACUGAGUGACAAGACACUGAACAGCAGUUCACUUAAGGAGCUACAGUUUCAAGGGAAUCGACUAGACAUCAUGUGGAAAAAGGAUAGUUUCAAAAAUCUUUUUAAACAUCUAGGAAACUUAACACAUCUUGAUAUAUCAUACAACAAACUCAGACAAAUCCCAGGGGACAUUUUGAGCUAUUUCCCACCAACCCUGAAAUAUCUGAAUUUGAACAGGAACCAACUUAGCAAUUUCUGUUGGGAACAGCUCAGCUAUUUGCCUCAGUUGGAAAUAUUGGAUUUAAGCAAGAACAAGUUGGAUGUUGUGACUGAAGCUCAUAUAGGUUCUCUGAGAAUCUUAGACUUGCGCCAUAACAUGAUCUCUAAACUAGCAAUAAACUUUCUUGAACAUGCCAAAAGCCUCAAGACUUUGGAUCUUAGUUUCAACAGACUGGAAAUAAUCAAUGAGACUUCAUUCCAAUUGCAUGAUGGAAAUAAUCUACAUACACUGUACCUCAAGAGUAACCCUUUACGUUGUACAUGUGACCUUCUUGACUUUGUUCUAUGGCUAGAGACCAGUGAGAUAGAGAUCCCUAACCUUGCAACAGGGGUCUUAUGUGACUUGCCAGCUUCCAAGAAAGGCCAGCCAAUGAUACAACUUGACCUUAAAAAUGCCUGCAUCAAUGACAGCACUGCACGAAUACUCUGCAUUAUCUCCUCUGCCUUUAUUCUUAUCAUGCUGUUUACUGCGAUCACAAUACACCUUUUCUACUGGGAUGUGUCCUACAUCCUUACGUUUUGGAAAGCCAAAAUAAAGGGUCACAAAUCAACAGAGUGCAUUUAUGAUGCUUUUGUUAUGUAUGACACCAAAGACCCUCUGGCUUCUGACUGGGUGCUGAACCACCUGCGAGCAGAGCUGGAGGACAGGGGGGAGACUGUACGUCCCCUGUGUCUGGAAGAGAGGGACUGGAUGCCUGGUUCUUCCAUCAUGGAGAAUCUCAAUCAGAGCAUUCGAUGGAGCAGAAAGACCAUUUUUGUGCUAACGGAAGGCUUCGUCUGCAGUGGGAUUUUUAAAGUGGCAGCUUAUCUCACUCAACAGAGGCUGCUAGAGGAAGGUGUGGAUAUAAUGGUGCUAAUCCUGUUGGAACCAGUGCUCCAGCAUUCAAGAAUCUUGCACUUAAGACGGUGCCUGUGUGGGAAUAGUGUGCUGGAAUGGCCCAGGAAUCCUUCAUCAGAGAAGUGGUUCUGGCAGAGUCUGAGGAAUGCCAUCAGGAAUGAAAAUCAGGGAAUGCAAAGCAAGCUGUUUAAGAACUAUUAUAGUACUUAAUAAACUCACUGGUACAAAACAACAAUGCUACAAUUCAGAGGACAUAUAUAUGAGAAAAAAAACAACUGUGUAUUUCUGUGUUUUUACUUUUUGGAUAGAAAUGCCUUAUUAAAUUUUACAAUGUUCUUAUGCUUUUACAUUCACUGUGGCUAGAUUACCACUACCACACAAAAUUAUUUUCAUACCCAAAGGGUUGCUUCCUUCUGAAACGAAGAUAGUCAGGAGGUAGGAGACUUCCUCUAAAAUUUUGUUGAGCAGCAACAUCCCAGCACUGAUGUGAGGACUAUUAUAAUGUUGUUGGAAAAACCUGGAUUUUUCACAUGAGUUUACUCUUGGUGCAGCUUACUAGAGCUCCCUCUGUCCUGCUCCUUCUUCAUCUUUUAUUUAUAGUGUAGAAAAGCCAUGAAAAAUUCAUGAGCUUGGCAAUGAAAUGAAUACAGAAUGAAAACACUAGGAACAUAUACAGUGAUGACAGCCAGAAUAUCUCUAUCCAGGGUGAAGCGCACAUAUCAUUUAAGGGCAGCAGGACACAUUACAAAAACAACCUUCUGCUCAAUAAAUGUUACAGAUGAAGUUACAACUUCAUCUUGGUACUUCAUUGAAUGGUUCUGACUGUUUCUUUACAGUACGCAGCAUGUUUUUUGUGUUUUUUUUUAAAUAAGGGAUGACGACAUGCAGUGCUUUGCUGAUACAAAUCUAAAGAGGAUGUAUAUGUAAUAUAAGUGUACCUGUUUAAAUGUAUGUCUUUAUUAUAGUGUGCCUUUUCCAGUUAUCAUAUAUUCAUUAAAUGCAUCAUCUAUACAGUUA